AUGUCAAAAAGCCUGCAAGCUUAUUUUUCAUUUUUAAUCACCAUCGCCUUUGCACCCGGGAUAACCGCCAUACAGUUACCGUAUGAGGUUUUUGACACCAUAAUAGAACUCAGUGACAUUGAUGACUACAGAAACCUUAAUCAAGUUAAUGUGUCCGAUGACCUUGGACCCACUCGUCCAAUCUAUAGACUGGACCUUAACCCAGAUUACGUAGCGUAUUACGAAAUUGACAUCGGAAGUGACUACGUGGUAUUCUCCUCUGGGCGUGAAACCGGAGAUUUUCGAGAAGUAGAGAGUGGCCCAGACCCAAGACCAACCAACCUACUCAUUCAACAGGCUCAAGAGAACGGUCAGCAGUGUGAGAAGUUUUACCGCCUGUCACCAUUGGGACUGACAAUAUGUAAGAAUGACAAUGGAACUGUUGUGGCUGCGAGUUACAACUGGACAGCGGAUGUUGCCGAGGUAGGAUUAUCACAUUACAAAACUGUUAUAUUCCUCGACUCUUAAUCAAAUAAACAGGGACUACCAUUGGCUGAGUUUUGGGCACAUGACCUUGACUAAAUUCAAAUGUUGCUGGUUUCACAUGACGUCAUCAAAAAUUACAAGACUUCCGUCUAAUUUACUGAUGUUUUGUUAGAGUGGUAAGGCAAGGCUAAAACAAGAGCCCCUAUAAAGACGGGGAUCAAAUACUAACCUUUUUUUCUUGAAAUAACCAAAUAUAGCUAUGUAAUUAAAACUACCUUUGACAAAAAAAUCCCUCGAUUCACGAAAAAUAAUCAACUGGUUACCAGUAUAUUCUGAUUAUAUGUAUGAUACAUUUGCUAAUUAUUUCCGCUCGAAUAUCUAGAACAAGAUGCAAUUUUCCCAAAAAGUAAACCUCGAGGCAAUCUUGUGUCUUAACAUAUAAUUGUUGUCACGUGACGCUUCGUGCGACCAAAAAUUUAAGCUGAAAAUUGGUGAAUUCCUGGUGAAUUUACUUUGAUAGAGGAUAAACAUACUUCACUUUCUACGUUUAGAAUUAAUGUACUCGAAAAUUAAAAUGAAAGUUUUGAAUAAUUCAAGGUUAAAUUUGGGCAAUGAAAAUGAUGCUUGUCCUCACAAUUGUAUUGAAGUGCAAAUUACAGUAAUAACAAACGUGAAGUAUUUGAAAUAUUUGAAAUGAAUUAGAAAGAUGUUAUUACUUGAUUUCUUUUUUUAAAAUAUACUUUAAAACGUUAAAACCAUGACUUAUUAAGUACGCCAAAUUUCGAUUCAGUUGCAUGCUCUUUGCCGAAGUUAUAAUAUCUUAUCCCCUGUGUUUGUAAUAAACUCAAAAUCUACAAACGUUUUCACCCUUUGAUUUAUUUUUUUGCAGAACGUUAUGUAGCCGAGGCCCGCUUUUCGGCAGUAGCUCGUCCUUCAUUAAUUUUUUCAGUAAUCUAUAGUGAAAGUCGAUUUUUAUGCUUACGGUACAGUUAUGACGUCAAAAGUCUCGCGAACCCAAGCAAUUUUAAAGCAAGUUGUUGUAUGCAAAAAAGGUACAAAUGAGUACCUGCAAAGCAGCAAGAUGGUAAGAUUAAUUAUGAUAUUAAGCCUCGACCAUGAAAAAUUCCCAUUUUCAAAAAUAUAUUUGAUUAAUCUGACCUUCUGAUUAAAUCAAUGGUGGCGACCGUUUUAAAUGAUGCCACUUUCCCUACGAGGCUGGACCUCUUAAACUGUGGUUUUACUGGAGUAUUACUUCUUUAAAUCAGUAGAAUGUCUAAACCAACUUCUCCUUCUUGCUUAAAAUGCAGAUUGAAGACUGGCUACAGCUGGAUCAAAUGGUGAGAGACAGUAUCGACAACUUUAAGAGGAUGUGGCGAGAGAGGGCAGCACAUAGGCGGUCACAGACAGACUGGGUCACCACGGAAGUUCUAACAAAAGGGGGAAAAAGUUUUAAGAAAGAAAUUGACGACAAAGUCCUUAUGCCUGGCUCCAUCGUUAAAGUGGCGCUAGGUGAGCGCGUCAGAUCGGUUGGCGUUUACAUUAAAAACGGCGGUAACACGCGCAUGCGUCCCAAAUCUAGAUCAGAGUGGCAGCGGAAACUCUGCAAGGUGCUUGUUGACGUUUGUCUUCUAAACGGAAGUUCCAAGGUGAAUCCAUCAGCUAUAAAGGAAACAACCAAUCAUCUAUCAUAUCUGAAGCUGGAGGUACAUGGCAAUCGCACCUUCGUGGGAAACACUUUACAGUGGCGUGAGAUUGGAUUUGUGAUCGAAAUAAAAGGACGCGAAAAUGAACUGGUUAAAAAGUACUUUGCAAUUAAUCUGCAUUCUCAACGGUUUCGCAGAUCUUCGUGUAGCAAAUUUUGUACAGGAUCUGUUUCUGGUGAAAGCAGUAAUUUCCCUGACUAUAACCAACACAGGUGCUGUGGCAAUUGCUGGAGUGGAUGCAGUCCGGUGGCCUGGGCUCAGGUGUUUGGGUACUACGAUAGACUAGCACACAGUUUUUACUCAUCCUAUAGUUCAUCGCUAUUUGAAGAUCGAUACAUCAUGGCCCCAUUAAAGAUGACAUAUGCAGUUCGACCCUUCGUGGAGGACAUUCGAUCACAGGUCGAAACAUACUGUACAAGUACAGGAGCGGGUUCCACCUACACAAAAAAAAUGCAUUUGAUCGCCCCAUGGUUUCGCGCGAGACAAGGUUACAGAGCUCGAUUCGUCAGCUAUCUCGAGAGACGAAAAAAGAGGAGUGUCGGCGGUGCAAGAGUUGAGUAUGGAAGCAGGUCCUGGAUUCAGUCCAAAGGUGUUGAAUGGCUCAAAAAGGACUAUCCGGUAGUCUUUGGCUUUCCCGUGGAAGGUGGCGGACAUUCGGCUGUCGCAACGAAAUACCGGGAAAAGGUUAGAAGUUAUCGUCAUUGCACCAGCAGGCAAACUGGAUUGUGGUGGGGGAAGAAAACCAAAUCAGUGUGCUCUUGGAGAAGAGCCUACGACUACGAGUUCUAUCUACAUUAUGGCUGGGGAGGUAGCAACAAUGGAUGGCGCACAAUUAAUCCCUGGGGUGCCCAUGUUGCCUAUCUAGACUAA